AUGAAGAUCUUUGUGCAAGCAGUAGACUACAUACUAUGGAAGAUUAUCCUGGAGGGUCCUCAAUUUCCAACCUCCACAAGUGUAGAAGGAGUAGUUUCUCUCAAACCUGAAGUAGCCUGGACCGAAGAUGAUAGAAAGAAAGUAGAGUUAAAUGCCAAAGCUGUGAAUCUACUCAACUGUGCUAUUAGCUUCGAGGAAUACCGACGGGUAUUACGAUGCACAACGGCAAAGGAAAUCUGGGACAAAUUGCAAAUCUUUCAUGAAGGAACCACCAUUGUGAAGAAGACUCGAACAUAUAUGUUGAAUAGAGAGUAUGAAAUAUUUGCAAUGAUGGAAGGUGAAUCCAUUGAUGAACUGUUUGAGAGAUUCAACAUCAUCAUUGUUAGCUUAGAUGCUCUGGGAAUUAUGUAUCCUGAAUUUGUGCUUGAAAAUGGUAAAGUUCAAAGGCAAAGGCAGCAGUGA